AUGUUCGGCCUGGAUUUAGUGUCUGGUAUGUUCGUCCUGGAUUUGGUGCCUGGUAUGUUCGGCCUGGAUUUGGUGUCUGGUAUGUUCGGCUUGGAUUUGGUGUCUGGUAUGUUCGGCCAAGAUUUAGUGUCUGGUAUGUUCGGCCUGGCUCUAGUGUCUGGUAUGUUCGGCCUGGAUUUAGUGUCUGGAAUGUUCGGCCUGGAUUUAAUGUCUGGUAUGUUCGGCCUGGAUUUGGUGUCUGGUAUGUUCGGCCUAGAUUUAAUGUCUGGUAUGUUCUUCCUUGAUUUAGUGUCUGGUAUGUUCGGCCUGGAUUUAAUGUCUGGUAUGUUCGGCCAUGAUUUAGUGUCUGAUAUUUUCGGCCUGGAUUUGGUGUCUGGUAUGUUCGGCCUGGAUUUAGUGUCUGGAAUGUUCGGCCUGGAUUUAGUAUCUGGUAUGUUGGGCUUGGAUUUAGUAUCUGGUAUGUUCGGCCUGGCUCUAGUGUCUGGUAUGUUCGGCCUGGAUUUAGUGUCUGGUAUGUUCGGCCUGGAUUUAGUGUCUGGAAUGUUCGGCCUAGAUUUAGUGUCUGGUAUGUUCGGCCUUGAUUUAGUGUCUGGUAUGUUCGGCCUGGAUUUAGUGUCUGGUAUGUUCGGCCUGGAUUUAGUGUCUGGUAUGUUCUUCCUUGAUUUAGUGUCUGGUAUGUUCGGCCUGGAUUUAGUGUCUGAUAUUUUCGGCCUGGAUUUGGUGUCUGGUAUGUUCGGCCUGGAUUUAGUGUCUGGAAUGUUCGUCCUGGAUUUAGUGUCUGGUAUGUUCGUCCUGGAUUUAGUGUCUGGUAUGUUCGGCCUGGAUUUAGUGUCUGGUAUGUUCGGCCUGGAUUUAGUGUCUGGUAUGUUCGGCCUGGAUUUGGUGUCUGGUAUGUUCGUCCUGGAUUUAGUGCCUGGUAUGUUCGGCCUGGAUUUGGUGUCUGGUAUGUUCGUCCUGGAUUUGGUGUCUGGUAUGUUCGUCCUGGAUUUAGUGCCUGGUAUGUUCGGCCUGGAUUUGGUGUCUGGUAUGUUCGGCCUGGAUUUAGUGUCUGGUAUGUUCGGCCUGGAUUUAGUGUCUGGUAUGUUCGGCCUGGAUUUAGUGUCUGGUAUGUUCGGCCUGGAUUUAAUGUCUGGUAUGUUCGGCCUGGAUUUAAUGUCUGGUAUGUUCGGCCUGGAUUUAGUGUCUGGAAUGUUCGGCCUGAAUUUAGUGUCUGGUAUGUUCGGCCUGGAUUUAGUGUCUAGAAUGUUCGGCCUGGAUUUAAUGUCUGGUAUGUUCGGCCUGGAUUUAGUGUCUGGUAUGUUCGGCCUGGAUUUGGUGUCUGGAAUGUUCGGCCUGGAUUUAGUGUCUGGUAUGUUCGGCCUGGAUUUAGUGUCUGGAAUGUUCGGCCUGGAUUUAGUGUCUGGUAUGUUCGGCCUGGAUUUAGUGUCUGGAAUGUUCGGCCUGGAUUUAAUGUCUGGUAUGUUCGGCCUGGAUUUAGUGUCUGGUAUGUUCGGCCUGGAUUUAGUGUCUGGUAUGUUCGGCCUGGAUUUAGUGUCUGGUAUGUUCGGCCUGGAUUUAGUGUCUGGUAUGUUCGGCCUGGAUUUAGUGUCUGGUAUGUUCGGCCUGGAUUUAAUGUCUGGUAUGGUCGGCCUGGAUUUUGUGUCUGGUUUGUUCAGCCUGGAUUUUGUGUCUGGUAUGUUGGGCCUAGAAUUAGUGUCGGGGAUGUUCGGCCUGGAUUUAGUUUCUGGUAUGUUUGGCCUGGAUUUGGUGUCUGGUAUGUUCGGCCUGGAUUUGGUGUCUGGUAUGUUCGUCCUGGAUUUAGUGCCUGGUAUGUUGGGCCUAGAUUUAGUGUCGGGUAUGUUCGGCCUGGAUUUAGUUUCUUGUAUGUUCGGCCUGGAUUUGGUGUCUGGUAUGUUGGGCCUGGAGUUAGUGUCUGGUAUGUUCGUCCUGGAUUUAGUGUCUGGUAUGUUCGGCUGGAUUUGUCCUAACUGA